AUUUCAGUACCAAAAGCGGUAACCCCGAGCUACACUCGGGAAUACCAUGUGGCACUGCUCCGGCAUUUGUUCUUCACUUACCUUACCCUGCGCUCCAGCGAUGUGUCCCCUGCAGUGUCCCCGGCCAUCUCCUCCGGCCGAUGCUGGCAUCCGGCUUCUGUGUCCUGUCCCUGUGACGUCGGGACGUACGGGCGCCGCCGGCGGCGGGAAAUUUAAAAAUUUUAAAAAAUGUCAUUUUUUUUUUUUUUUUCCAUUUUACACAUGCUUUAUCCUGCGCCCUGCCUGCAUUUUGUCUGUUCUUUCU